UGGAAUCUGGAACGACUAGACCAGUCGACAACUAACGACUGACGGUUGCACUUGUGAUUAUGAACGGUAUUUUUACUGUCACUUUCAACAUGUCGGAACGAUAAUUUAUUUCUUUUUUCUAAUGACGUUCUUAUAAAUCAUCUCUAAGUUGCACCACCAUGACUUCUACAGCCCCAUUUGUUUCGUUAUUUCUCUUCUUGCUCAACGCCCAGGCAGGUCCUGUGUCUCCACACCCAAAGUUGUUAGUCGUUUCUUACGAUGCGUUCAGAUACAACUAUUUUGAGAGAAACCUGACACCGUUCAUGAGCCAGUUAAAAGCAGAAGGCACUCAUGUGGAAUAUAUGAUGAACAUUUUUGUUACCAAAACUUUUCCUAAUCACCAUACAAUGGCAACAGGAUUAUAUGCAGAAACACAUGGGGUUGUAGAUAAUGAAUUUUAUGAUCCAGUUAUUCGCAAUGUUACAAAAUAUUCAUAUAAGCUAUAUCAUUACGAUAACAAUAUUCUUCCUAUUUGGACGGUGAAUGAAAAAAAAGGCAGGCAUAGUGGUACAAUGAUGUGGCCAGGCUCUGUGUUUGAAUAUCAAGGAACAUCGCCUACCUUUGCACAGCCAUUUAAUGAUACAAUUCCAUGGAAAGACAGGGUUGAUACAUUAAUAUCAUGGUUUGUCCAUCCCACAAACCCAAUAAAUCUGGGAAUAUUAUAUAUUGAAGAACCAGAUUACCAUGGUCACGCUGUAGGGAUUAACAGUCCUGAAUUUAAUGAAAUUCUAGAAAAGCUGGACAAUAUUACGAGAUAUAUGCAUGAUAAAAUUGAUCAUUAUGGCUUGACAGAUCUUAAUGUAAUACAUUUAAGCGAUCAUGGCAUGGCAUCGGUCACAAUGGAAAGAAUAAUCAAUUUAGCAAAUUACAUAAAUGCUAGUGAUUACACAUUUGUAGGAACCUCGCCAGGAUUACAUAUUUUCCCAAAUCCAGGAAAAGAAGAGUUGAUUUAUCAGAAAUUAAAAUUUGCUGCAAAACAAACGAACACGUUUAAAGUGUAUAAAAAAGAAGAUAUCCCAAAAAAAUAUCAUUACGGCAAUAAUAGUCGUAUAGGACCUAUUUUCGUCAUAGCCGAAAUCGGAUAUGCGUUUCAAAAUCUUUACGACGCUAUAGAAUAUUAUAAAGAGAAAUUUAAUAUUACGGUUAACAAUCAGACAGAAUUUGGACUGCAUGGUUACGACAAUGAAGCUAUGGAGAUGCAUCCUUUUUUCUUUGCUAAUGGUCCUGCUUUUAUACCAGGAUGUAAAUUAGAGCCUUUUAACAACACAGACUUAUUUCCUCUAUUUUGUAAAAUACUUGACUUGGACUGUCCCAUGGUUAAUGGUACUUUAUCUCAUUUAACAAAGUGCCUUAGAACACGAUCGAAAGAUGUAUCGAUAUCUAUAUAUAGAGUACAUAGAGUAUUAAUUGCAGUUAUCAUAACCAUUGCAAUAUUACUAGGAAUUACAGCAGCGACAAUAAUUUAUAGGAAAAAACGAAAAUUAGCUCAUGGUUAUAGAAAAUCGUAUACACUGGACGAACAAUAUUUUACGAUUGAUAAUAAAUAUGGCUAAUAUAUAUAUUAUUUAUAUUUUGAUUCUUAAUUAACUUAUAUGUAAGAAAUACAUUAAAUUGGAAUAUCAUGUCAUCAUGAUAAGUCAUGUUUUUAGUAAUACAUAUAUAUACAAUAUACACAGAAUAUUUAUUUUUUAAUCUUGUAAAUUUUGUUUAUUAUAUUUUUGUGUAAAAACAUAUUAUUGAUGCGAGGAUAUCAAAGUUGAUUAAUCUAGGUGCUUAGCAAUAUAGUGUACUAUAAAAUUCUUAGCUAUUUAAAAUUUUAAGAAGAUUUUAAGAAUUUAAGAAUUUGCUCAAUCAUAAGACAGAAACAUUUACAUAAAAAAUUAAUGGUUUUCGCUCCUUGAUAUUUAUGAGAUAACUAUGAUAUUAUUAUAAUACUUGUGUAAUCUUAUUACUAUAAACUAUAAAUGUAUAUAAAUAUUUCUGAAUGAAUAUAUCUAAUAUUAAUAUCAA